AUGAUUCUUGUCUCCUUACUAUUCCUCUCCUCGCUGGUCUCAUUCAUCUUCCUCCCACAAUUGAUCAAAUCUUUGAACUUAUCAACAACCACCCCAGAUAAUGAACUUUCGAAUAUCCUUAGAUGGUUAUUAAACUUCAGAUACUAUUUAAUUUCCAAGUUAUUAUUCUUCAAAUACCCUGCAAAAGUUGGUAAGAUUGAUAAAAUAUUUGUAUACCCAUUGAAAUCAGUUGCAUAUAUCCAACCAACAAAAUGGGAAAUUGAUGAACACGGUUUAAAACAUGAUAGACAAUAUAUGAUUGGAUUUUGGGAUUCAAAAGGGAAUUGUUAUCAAGGUUAUACUUUGAGAAAUGCACCAAGAUUGGCAUUAGUCUCAAUUGAUUAUAAUUUAGAGGAAAACUGGUUCAAAUUUACUUAUCCAAAAUUAGAUGGCUCAACAUCUUUUUUCAAAUUACCAUGUAAUGUUUCAAAGACAUUUUUAGAGACUCAUGCAAUUGGUGAAGAUAAAGAAAAAAUUACAGAUUUAUGGGGGAUAAAAUUUGAUUCUAUAAACCUUGGUUCAGAUUUAAUCCCACAAGAUUUUUAUGAUUCAAUGGGGUUAAACAGAGAAGGUACAACUUUAUUAUAUUCAUCAAAGGGGAAAUUCGUCAAGACUGCACAUCCAAAAGAUUUAGAACAAAUGCGUAAAGUGUUAUUCCAUGAUUAUUAUCCGAUCCAUUUAAUCUCUCAACGUAAUGUUGAUGAAUUAAAUCAACGUAUAAAAGAUUCAGGCACUAAGGAUAGAUACGUUGAAGCUUUGCAAUUUAGACCAAAUGUUGUCAUUGGUGGGAAUGACAAAAUUGAAUUGGAUUCUUGGUAUAAAGUGUUGAUUAAUGGUCAUUUAUGGUCUGUUGUACAGAAAACUCCAAGAUGUUCAAUUGGUAAUGUUCGCAUGGAUAAAGGUGAUUUUGAUAAAUCAAAUUCAGUUACAAGAACUCUAAGAUCCUAUAGAAGAAUUGAUCCUGGCGAUAAGAAUGGUAUCUUUUUGGGUGAUUAUGCAAUUCAUCAUGAUUCUGGAUAUUUUAUUAGUGUUGGUGAUGAGUUUUAUUUGAAACAACAAAAGAUCAGUACAUAUUUACCUUUGUUAUAA